AUGAGUGUGAGUACUGAACAACUGACUGGAGAUUACGAUCGAGUUAAAAGCGGGUUUGGUGAAGACGUUAAAUACGAGGGUCAUGAGGAACUGAAUUGUUUCGAAGCUUUGCUGCUUCGGCUGAGUCAUGCUACGUAUGACGUAUCGACGCCAAAGUUACGUAGUGAUGAGUCAGCAGAAAGUGAGGACCUCGAGGGGGCCGUGACCCCGUUUAAGUUUUCCAUGAUGGAAGAACUUGAGGUCGAAGAACGUCGUGAGAAGAAAGUCAAUGUUGAGAUUAUGGAAAUCGCCGCCCAGGGGAAGACGAAACAACUUUCAGCUCUUUGCAAUGCUAACCCUGAUAGAUUAUUCUCACGUGACCGGAAGGGAGCCACGGUGCUCCACCAUGCGGCGGCGUUUGGUCACGUGUCCACCAUGAACUACGUGCUUGGUUAUCCCACUGGAGGCGAUCUAAUCUCCGCCACCGACGACUACAAGUCCACCCCCCUACAUUGGGCUGUUUGUAACGAUUCAUCCGCUGGAGUGAAGUUCCUUCUCGAUAAAGGGGGAGACCCCAACCUGAGAAACAACACGGGGUAUGGAGCUCUCCACUUGGCGGCGCACAAAAACUCACUUAACGCCCUACAAGCGUUGAUCGACCACAAGGUUGAUUUAAACGCACGAGGAACCGCCAACCUCACAGCGAUGCAUGUGGCAGCUUCAUUAGAUCAUGAGAAAGUUUUCACGAUGUUGUUAAGCAAUGGUGCCAAACCUUGCAUGGCUUGUAGUCAAGGUUACAGACCUCUACAUACGGCGGCAUUGGCUGGAUCAAAGAAAGUUAUGGAGAUCUUAUUAAACCGAUGUUCCAAGUAUGGCUACUCAAGUGAGUCCCUGCUUUCCUUCAGCGAUAAAGAGAACUGUAGCCCUCUGCAUUGUGCUGUUACUGGUGGGAACGUUAACGCUAUUAAACUUUGCCUCAGUUACGGAGCGAAAUUGAACGUAAAACAAGCUGAUGAUUCGACGCCAAUGCACAUGGUGUGUUCCCAGGGGAAUCUGGAAAUCGUUCAGUUAAUGUUCGAUUAUUCUCCUGAUAAUGCAAGAGCAAGUUUGUCGAUGUUGGAUAAACAGGAUCAUUCACCAUUGCACAAAGCCGCCAUGUUCAACCACCCAGCGUUGAUUCGCUUCCUCAUCGAUAAAGGAGCCGACGCUGAAUUGUUGGACGCCGACCAACGAACUCCUCUUCUACUUGCAGCCUCCAGGGAAUGUUGGGACGCGGUGUGGGCGCUGAUUGAACUGAACGCGAAUCUUUAUGUUAAAGACAAAGAGGAGAAGAAUUUCAUCCACAUAGUGGUGCUAAAGGGUGGUGACGUAAGAAAGGUGGUUGGGAAACGAAGCGCUGAUGACGUCAAAGAGAUUUGUUGCAACGUAUUUUCGAGUCCCGCGGUUGGUGACCUGAUGGCACAACCCGACUCCACAGGAUGUACACCUUUACAUUACGCGUGCCAGGAAGGCAACCUCGCAAGCUUAAAGUGGUUGAUGCAGUUGGGAGUCAGCGCAAGGUUGAAGACGAACACCAAACAAUCCCCGUUACAUUUCGCUUCAAUGUACGGAAGAUACAACGCUUGUUGUAGAUUACUGGACAGUGACCAGGGUCCGCACAUAAUCAACGAGAAAGACGACAAAGGGAUGACGCCAUUGCAUUUCGCCGCCGCUAAUGGGCACGUGAAAAUCGUACAACUUCUUCUUAAUAGAGGCGGGCUUAUUCAUCGCAACGUCAUGGGGGAAUCCCCACUACACGUAGCGGCGUCUAACGGAUGGACGAAAACGAUUCGUUUGUUGGUUGAAUGCCAUUUCCACCUCAUAGACCAGAUAGAGGAAGAAGGGAACACCGCCCUCCACCUCGCUACCAAGGCUGGCCACGUCACUGCCGUUGAAUUAUUGAUGGAUUUGAACGCUUCGUUCAUGAGGAAUGAAUCCGGAUCGACAUGUUUCACCAACGCUAUCAUUGAACAGAAUAGAGACGUGGCGCUUGCCAUUGUACAGCACAACAGGUGGGAGGAAGCAAUGCAAACUUUCCAUAAGAAAGGGGAGACGGUCAUCCCACCAAUAUUGUUGCUUAUUAAAUAUAUGCCGGAUGUCUGUGUAGCGGUGUUGAAUCGAUGCAAAGAAACCUCAGACGAAUCAGUGAGAAGUCCCGAGUAUUGGAUUAAAUAUCAUUUCCAUUACCUUCAACCUCCAGCGCAAUACAGAAGUGAGUUGAGGAAACGAAUCAAAGAAAACGUUCGAAACAACCUGCAAGAAAAAGGCGGAAGAAAAAGUUUUGUUGCAGAAAUGGAAGGAGUGAAAGCAGCGACAGAGAAGAUGACGUUGCCAGCUCUUAAUCCGGUGUUGAAUCGAUGCAAAGAAACCUCAGACGAAUCAGUGAGAAGUCCCGAGUAUUGGAUUAAAUAUCAUUUCCAUUACCUUCAACCUCCAGCGCAAUACAGAAGUGAGUUGAGGAAACGAAUCAAAGAAAACGUUCGAAACAACCUGCAAGAAAAAGGCGGAAGAAAAAGUUUUGUUGCAGAAAUGGAAGGAGUGAAAGCAGCGACAGAGAAGAUGACGUUGCCAGCUCUUAAUACGAUGGUCGAAUUCAACCGAGUUGAGUGCUUGCGCCACCCAGUGUCCGUUGCUUACUUACAUCAUAAGUGGAACGCAUAUGGCCGAAUAUUCCACGGGUUGUACCUCCUCUUCUACAUGAUGAGUCUCUUCCCCAUCACUUACCUCGUCUCCACCAUCGACUCCGGAAUCCACUUUGAAAAAAUGUCGGAAACUUACAUUACAGUAAACGACACCAACGGUACCCUCACAACAACCAGAGCCCCACCGAUCGUUUUCUCGAGGUUUCAAAUAGCAAUGAUGAUUCAACUAACUGUGGUUAACUUGUUGGAAAUAUUGAAGGAGCUUGGACAAAUGUAUCAGCAGAGAGGGGAAUACUUCCGAGACUUCACCAACGUCACAGAGUGGACUUUAUACGUCACAAGCGUGUUGUUCGCUGUUCCCUUCCUCACAGGUUACCCUUUGCAUUGGCAGUUUGAAGUUGGAGCUGUAGCCGUGUUUCUUGGAUGGUUCAACUUACUCGUGUUUUUGCAAAAGUUUGACCUUGCCGGCAUCUACGUUGUAAUGUUCAUGCAGAUAUUGAAAACAUUGAUUCAAGUCUUGCUCGUGUUUUCGUUCCUGCUCGUCGCGUUUUCACUCGCAUUCACUGUUCUCAUGAAAAACGAGGCGGACCAAGCUUUCAGCAACCCGAUUAUAGCAAUGAUGCGCGUCAUCACAAUGUUGUUGGGUGAGAUUGGUUACGUUGAGAAGUUCCUGGAACCUUACGUGGAUGGGAAUCCAUCAACCUUCCACUUCAGCGUCCCUAGUUUAGUGUUGUUGUGUUUAUUUAUUAUCGUAAUGCCGAUAUUGCUGAUGAAUCUACUGAUUGGUUUGGCUGUUGGAGAUAUUGCGUCUGUGCAAAACAACGCUGUGCUACAGAGACUAGCGAUGCAGGUUCACCUCCACACGUCGAUUGAAUCAAGGUUACCAACAAGGUUUCUAUCCCGGGUUGACAAGCCAUCCAUCACAAUCUACCCAAACAAGUGCAUGGGUGCGUUUAGGUCAGCGUGGGCAACGGUGUUCAAGCAUGCAGGCGUUCAAUCCGAUUACGGAGGCGACACGGCCGAUCUUUCAAGCGAUCCAAGUAUGGACCAUCUGUGUGUUGAACUUAUGAAGCAAAAACAAAGAGUGAAGUCGAUCCAAGCUGCUCUGGAUAAACAACACGACCUGCUGAGGUUGAUCGUGCAAAAGAUGGAGAUCCGAUCGGAGGCGGAGGACCAUGAUGAAGGGAUUGGGCCUUCCAUACCAUCAAGGAUGGCUUCUAUAUCUGGGACCAAACUUCUUGCUAUGAGGGCCGUGAAGUCAGUGCGGUCAUAGGAACUGUCAAUCAAACGCAACCUGUCAAUCAAACAUACUGGACCUGCCAAUCAAACAUACAUAACUUGUCAAACAGACUUAACCUGGCAAUCAAACAGUGCCAUUAUUAAACUCAUUAUUUUCUUUUGUAUUGGCAAGGCUUCACAGCGAAAAAUGCCAACUGAGAUUUCAGCCUAUUACCCCAACACCCAAGGUGCUACAACCUAUUAGUGGCCACACUGGCUUUGUAACUUCAGGUUUUAAUUGACGCUACCAUUAUUGUAGGCUUGUUUACUUUUGGGCAAGACACUUAGCAGCAAUUGCUUCAACCGAAUGGUAACUAAUGAGUUAUCUAGAUUCUUAGGAAAAAAGUAACUCCUGCAAAGUUACAUAUAUGAUAACUUGUAAGUGGCAUGAGGUUUAUGAAACAGAACACCUGUGUUAUGAAAUUUAAAGUUUGCCCACUCGGAUAAAUAAGUUUCAUUCAUUUGCUCAAUAACUCUUAGUCCAAUUCUUUAUUCUAAGCUUUCACUUCUAAUCUCGGUUAAAACUUUUUAUUGACACAUAAAAGUUGUUUUGUUUUUGUGAAAAACUUCUUCCGAUAUUUGAACCACAGUUUUAUGUUGCACAGUAAAGCAACCCAAGGAGAGUUUUGGUUGCUGUCUGUAGUGAUAUACAAUCUCCAUGUUUAUUUUCUAGGCCUUAUUCAACCUAUUUUCCUUCCUUGUUUGUGCCAUAGUGGUCAGGCAAUUAACCAAAAGAUACCGAUACCCCAAGGAUACUUAAACAGUAAUACUACAACUACUUGUAAAAUGAGACUCGCUACACAGUGUCAAAAGUGGAAUUCAAUUUUCUCCCUUAUUAAACACAACUGGGAAAAAACUGUUUAACAAUAACUAAAAAAAUAAUUUUAGACCGCAGAUUCCCCCCACCCCCUUAUUUUUCUUUGACUGCCCUCUUAUAUUUGCCAUUUACUGCAGAUUCAUUGUGUGCUAUAUU